AUGACAAUGGGAAACCCUGCCAAAAGACGCAGUGACAAAAACGGCGAUGCCAAACUUGUGCCCAACGUGGCCAACCCAAAUGAAAACAGCAUCGGAUACCGGGUGACCUCCUUCAAGUCUGUCUUGCCCCCCUUAAAGUCCACAGGGCAUUGCACCGUAAAGGUAGGCGUGGCGACCUCUGUUGUCGUGAUGGACGAGGGUGCGUCGUUGUCACUUGCCGUGGUGAAUGGGAUUUGCAGCUUGGGUACAGCCAGCGACGCCAUGCCUGCCAAGCCCAGCGCUUGGACGGAAAACACGAUCAGCGGGAAUCGUUUGGCCAACGAAGUCACGACGGGGCCUUGCUGGCGACCAUGA